UAAUAAAACUGAAAAAGCUGUCUGACGUACGAAAAACAGAAUCUACGAAGAACACAGGAAACAGAGUUAAUGUUCAAAUUCUCCAUGAAACCGAUGCAUCACCACCACAGAGCUCCACUAAUCUCUUCAUCUUCCUCUCCUCCAAGCAACUCUUUCGUCUCUAGGCUUCUUCUUCUAUUGACUCUACUCCCACUCUCCCUCGCCUGCCUCGCCUUCAUCCUGCAAUGGCGUGGCGGUGGUCUCGUCGAUACUGCUUCAGUAGGCUCCUCGACCUCAGUUCCUGGAAGCUCCGAUCUCAACCACGAGGUGUUUCCCGGAAUGGAGACUACUGUUUCAUCAGUCUCCCCGAAAGCUCACCAAUCUCCAUCAUCAGACUGCUCGAAUCUAGCUCGAAGCUCUUCACCUUCUUUUGAUUGGAACUUCGGUGUCCAUUCUAGAAUUUCUAGUUUAAAACCAAAGAUAUGUAUCACUUGUAGCACAUCAGCUGGAUUGGAUCAGAUUCUACCGUGGAUGUUUUACCAUAAGGUUCUUGGCGUCACUUCUUUUUCCCUUUUCGUUGAAGGCAAGGCUGCUACGCCCACCAUCUCAAAAGUCCUCGAGUCUGAGUUUAGCUUUCCUUCUCCUAGUUUUAAGCUGUAUGAUUAUAUUCUCCAUAAACGUAGUAGUACGAUGUCUCUUCUUCCAGGGGGUACCGUCCUUAGGAAGGGUAUUCUGACUCGCAUUUAUUCACCAACGGUUGUUAUACAGGCAUUGAAAGAGUCUGGUGUUUUCAGCUCGGUUGUAUCAUCAGCUUCAACAAAUCUUUCGAAGAAAGAGUUCUUAGCAUCAAUGCACAAAAGCAACUCAUCGAGAUCCACAGCAUCUGAGACCCUUCCUUCAAAGGACAAGGAGUCUCAGGGCAUCUCUGCAAGACACCUUCUUGGGACUGAAUCAGCUGUUCCUCCUUUAUCGCCUCCUGGAAUGGAACACGCUUGACUUGUCACAGGGAUUAACAGAUUUUAGCAUAGCUCUGAUGCCUUUGCUUCCUCCUUUACUGAGUGAUAUUAAUACUCAUCAAAGCAAUGCUACUAGUGCUGUUUAGGUUUAGGAGAGUGAGUGAAGAGAGUGGGUAAAUCAUCUUUGUUACCCAAUAGAAAGACACUUUGGUUCCUUUCAUCUCAUUGAUUCACAUACGGGUGAACAUUGAUUCAAUACAAAGCCAUGCAUAUAUAUUUUUGAGGUUAUCGUUCACGAAUUCAUAAUGUAACAACAUUUCAUAAAUCAAAUUCAAAAAGCAAUAACGAAAAUAAAACAGUUAAUCCAAAUUAUGUUACCGUACAA